UUUGUCAAGGUGGACGAUGUCGACGGCGACGGAGGUGAACCGGAUGACUACGAUGUGGACGAGGAAGAAAUGGAGGAGGUCGAUAACAAGAAGGACUACGACGUCGAGUACGACCCUUUAGCCGCCGCAAUGGCUGGUUCCCGGGGCGGCGCCGGAGACUUGGAAAUAUCUAUUGUGCAGAGCAAGAGCUUUAUCUCGACGCAGGGUUGGGACUCGGAGAUGGUGGUUGAUUACAGGAUAAACGAGGACGAGUUCCAUAAGAUUAGCUUGUUGGACUGCGAUUUCUUCAUAAGGAAACCGCCAGAUCCGGACAACGAUGUUUAUGACUUCAGGGAGAUGUACGUUACUCCUCCGGAUACAGAUGUUUACGCAAUUCCCAGAGUUCUUGCUCCAAUGCCUCAAAAGUACAUUCGCUGUGCGAUGAGUGACUAUGGAUGUUACAAUGUCACUGAACCACCUAUUGAUGCACCACGAGACCCAUUGUACAAAUCCGAGAGAGAGAUCUCCAAGGUCUUUCUGACGAAGCACUAUCGAAACAGAAGGCUAAAUGAUCCAGAUUUCGUGCUAGACUUUGAAGAGAUCUACGUUAUCGACUCCAAGACGAAGUCCGUCACUAGAGCUAAAGUUCUUGUGACGGUCCCGGGAGGAAGAAAUAGGGACAGGAAGAACGACGUGCUUGUAAUACGUGAUAAUGGCAAAUCCUUCAAAAUCAUAGACACUAAGGAAAGAGAAGAUCCGACCACUGUGAUAGAGAGGGAAGAAUGGGCGAAAACCCGAGAAGACAUGGAGAGACAUCUAAGGAAGCUAAGAGACUUCAGCGUCUCCAAUUGGUUCUAAACCCAUCAGAAUCUUUUUCCCGAGACACCAACCAUUGCCUCAAAGACUCCUGUCCCCAUUCGAACAGAAGCAUCCGAUGCUCAAGUGCUAUACAAAUGUUUCUCCCCAACAAACCCCACUCAGUGUGUCACUUUUGUAACAUGCUUAAAUUGUAUGUACCCAUUUUUGUAGGAUAAUGUUCCAUUGCAUGAUUGUACUUGAAAAAUGAUUGUUAAGAUCAAAGAGUUUGGGACUCGAAAAGUGAACACCUAAUCAAAUGGUGAUUUAUCUA